AUGGUGAAUAAGGAUACAAUACACGGUGUAUUGAAUGUCAUAGCUGGGUUCUUAAUUCACUUGUCCUUCGGUUGUAUGUAUACAAUCGGGAACAUGACUCCUUACCUCGCCUCCUAUGUUGCUAAGUACAUUGACCCAAACUUCAAUAAUGGACUGGUUGUCUGGGUCUCCGCUGCAGCAUUGGCAGCUCAGGGUCUUUUCAUGCCCUUUGGUGGUAUUUUAGCACCGAGAUUGGGUGUAAAACUGGUCAUUAUACUCGGCUGUAUAAUUAACAGCGGGGCCUUUAUGCUGACAUGUAUUGCUCUACGGUAUGGAUUCGUUUGGGUUCUUGUGACCCAUCUCAUUUCUCUUGGUUUGGGCGUGGGUUUCGCCUAUUCCGUCGUCAUGCAGGCUGCUGCUAGCUGGUUUCCCGUUAACGGUGGUUUCGUGCUUGGCUUAAUUGCGGCAGGUUUUGGUCUGGGAGCCCUUGUCUUCACACCGAUUCAGAUGGCUUUCGUGAAUCCAGACAACCUACCGGUGAACAGUACAACGAGGCAAGAUCCGGGAGUGUUAAGCCGUGUACCAACUUCAUACCUCGUCAUCGGUGGUAUAAUGUUGGGUCUGCAGGUUAUCGGUUGUGCUAUAAUUCGGAGAAAACCGACACCCAAGGAGGUGAGGAUAUAUUUUUUAGCGUAG